GCCAAUACGGAGGGAUCAGAAUGUUGGUGGGCUUGUCAAGUCAUUGAGUCCUUUUUUGAGCUACAAUCUAUACUCUCCACCGACGAUAGCUUGGCUGAUUUAUGUGUUCGAGCUAUUUCGCUUUUUACCGAUCUCUGCAGAGAACGACGCGACGGAGUUGAAGCCAAGGCCCUCCGAAAGCUCUGCAGCUUAGCGAUUUUAGAAAGCCCCUUUAUUCACCCCGACUUCCUUUCUCAAACAGUCAAUUCCCUAAUGCUAAUGCUUGGCUCUGUGACAUCCAGCGUUGCCUGUGAAAUGGCCUAUUGUCUCGAAGUGUGUACAUUGAAGCUAAUCACCCAGCCUGGUUCCCAUCAGUUAAACUGCGCUAUUCAAGGAGUAUUGAAAACUUGCCUAGAACUCUGUUCUUCCAUCUUCCCAGAUGCUGAAUCCAAGACCCUACACGCCGAAGAACAUGGACCAGAAGAGAGCUGGACUGGAUUAGACGGUCGGCGGUGUGAGCACGCGAUUCACGCCCUAGCCAAUACCGUUGAAAUAGCCUUUUCAAGGCCUGUUCCCACGACUCCUAUCGAUUUAUUUGUAGAAAUCAUUGCAGUAUUUUCGAGUUCACUUAAAAUUUCCAACGUCAGCGGAGCUGAAAAGAUUCGAUGGAACGCGGCAUUGGCAUCGGGAAGGCUUUUGCGCAUUCAAAAUCUUAUUACUUUGUGUCUUCCUGAGACUCAGGGCUACGAGAUUGGCGAUCACGUUAUUGGCCCCCUGGUUACAUCUCUGUGCCGUGCAUUUGUCGGGGACUUUUACUUGAAGGUUCGAACUCAUGCGGCGUUGUCACUGCUCUUGCUCUUUAAAAACACCCUCGACGCCAGUUUGAAUGAAAGCGUGCUGCACCCCUCACAUCAGAUGCCCUCCACGUCAAACCAGAUUGUGACCUUGGUUUUCACUGAGCCAAUACUGAAGUCGAGUCUGUCGUUCCUCUCAACCGAUCCGAACCGCCUGCGUGAAAGUGGGUCCGGCGAGGCUUACCACUACGUGGUGGUUUGUUUUUUCACCGCUGUGCUUCUGCUGCUGCACUGUGCCAUUUUCUCGCUCCUGUCACUGCAGUCCAACGACGACAGCUUGGCAGGUGUGGCUCGAAGGAACUUGCAGGUGAUUUCCGCGGGUCUUGACAACGCGACGCUACGUGAAAACCUCGCCAGCGCAUUCCACUACGCCAAGGAGUCACCGUUGGCCGCGUUUUCAGUCACACGCGGGUCCAAAGCGAAGAUAUUCUCGACCAGUCGAAUCCACGGCUUAGCCCGGCUGGUGGAUCAACCCAUGAAGAUAUCAUUCUCCGAGAGGUACGCUCUAAUCGACAGGUUCGACUUCAACAAUUCCCUUUCGGCUCUCCUCCGAGCCCUCAAAUUGUUCGAGACUUUGGUGGCCGCGCACCAGUCUGAUGUUACCGCAGAACUUAGAAAUCUACCAGGUCUUCUCACAAACGGAGUACCGCUGGAGCAUGCGGUGAAGACCUACUCUGUUGACCUUGAAAUAUCCGCGGCACAGCAGCCCCCCAACGACCUCCUUCCGGGUAGUUUUAGGACAACUUACGACUAA